AUGAUUGAGCAGCACAAGAAGCACAAGGCGGAGGUGAUGGCAGUGACGGUGUCUGCUACGCUGGACGCGAAUUUUGUCAUUGCAGGCGAUCGACAAGGACGAAUCAGUGCGUGGGAACGUGACGCGUACGUGAUGGUUGACUGUAGAGGAAAAGUGACUGUGUUCAUGCCAGUCUCAGGUGACGGGAUCCAUUCAAUGGCUAUUUCGCCGCAUGACAAAGCGCUGGUAGCUGUAGGAUACAGGAGUGGAGUCUUGUGUCUCGUGGAUGCUGCUCGAGGAUCUGUACGCCACCGUCUUGAUGGUCAUGACCAAGAAGUCCAAUGUGUUGCGUGGAAGCCAACGAACAGCUCUAUCACUGUUGAUCAGGACGAUUUCGAUGGUGCCGAAUCAGAUAUGUCAGAUGGGGGAGUGUGGUUGGCUUCUUCAUCCAGGGAUAAAACGAUUAAGGUCUGGAAGAUUACAUCAGGUGAAGAACCAGCGCUGGAGCAGGUGCUGCGACUUCCAACGGGGAAACAGGGAAUGUCAUUUACUCAAACGAAGCAGCUAUGGCUACCUGUGGCAUGGAGCCUCGAUGACUCGAUCUCCGGAAAGCACUGUCUUUGGUCAGGGUCGUUUGAUGGCAGUUUGUUUCGUUGGGAAUGGGAUGCAGUCAAGGCGGAGAUUUUGGAAAAGAAUGGGAAGAAUCGACGUGCUGCAUGCAAGCCUGUUGUCGUUAAAGGCGGUCACAGUCGCAUGAUUUUUACCAUUGCAAUGGUGCCUCUAACCUGUGCGGCCGAGAGUGAUGUCGUGUCUAUGCUAACGGUAUCUCUGGACCGAGAACUGCGGCUUUGGAAGGAGAAUGGUCCUUCGAAGAAGUUGGCAGCUGCAACAUGUAUUGAGACGCUGACCGGUUUGGGUGGCCAUGCUUAUAGUGUUUCGUACAACGCAGCGACGGGUUUGGUAGCUGCUGGAGUUGGGGACCAGACAAUUCGGCUAUGGGACUUGAAUACUGAGGUUGAGUCUGGGGCAAGUGACUACCAGUGUGAUCUCCUGUGGAAGGGACUGCAGAGCAAAGUCACCUUUGUGCGAUGGCAUCCGUUGCAGCACUCGGUAUUGGCGUACGGCAUGGAAGACGGUCGCAUUGGAAUUUAUGACAUCCAAACCAAGAAGUAUAACCAUUUCCGUACAACCCACAGCAGUGAGGUCCGGCAACUACAGUGGGUAAUCACAAAGCCGAAGUCAAAUGGUGACGUGGAGGAUGGAGAAAACGCCUUUCUCGAGAGUAUCAAGCAACUAGAAGCUGCUCAGGCAGGUGGCCAGAGUCUGGAAGAAGCGCUAAUUGCUCAGGAAGACCAAACUAGUAAGAAGGAUGCAUGGGCUGAUGUGCAGGUGUCGCUGUGGAGCUGCGACGCUAGUGGCCAUCUCUUUGAAUCAAAUGCCGACGCAGUGGACCAGAAAUCUCUUGAAAUUACAGACAAUUGCGUCGCAUUUAAGUGGGACGAGCAAUGUGAGAUGGUCGCAAUCGGUCGUUCUAACGGUGCCGUCGAAUUGAUGGAAACAUGUGGAAGCACAGGUGAUUGCAACACAAUCGUGCGCCGUUUCCACGAACACUUGGAGUCCGUAACGUGCGUAGCGUGGAGCAAUGAUCUACCUGCUAAUUUGCUGGCGUCUGGCGGCCAAGACGGGAGAGUAUUCGUUUACAACUGUGGGGAAGCAACCUCAAAGGAAUCAGCUUUACAUAGCACAUCUGAUGCUACACAACAAAGCCAUGUCAUGGUUAGCCACUCAAACAAGAUCACAUGCUUGAGGUGGAGUAUCGACAUAGGGAAGUAUCUUCUCGCCUCAGCCUCGGCGGACGGCACUGUCCAGGUUUGGAAUACAACAUCUAUGCAAAGGGAAGCUCACUUUAACCAACAUAUUGGUCGGGUUUUAUCUCUUGACUGGGUGUCGCAUAACACACUCAUUACGGGAGGUGAGGACCAAACACUGCGUCUCUGGGAUUACAGAAAACAGAAGAAAGAAGCAGCAUCCAAACUAAAGAAGCACGGCAAGGUGAAGCAACCCCAGCAAGUUGAACCCAUUGCAGCUUUAGAUUUCUUCACUUCCGAAUCCAAGCGUUUCCAAGACGAACGAGAGUGGGAAAGUCUUGCCAACACCCUGUUGAUACAAGGUAAUAUCAUUGAAGCGCUACGGGUCGUUGCAAAGGAAGGAUCAUUAACACCAACGUGGCUCUCAUACGCUCCAAUGGCGGGUAUGGAUGUGUGGCGAGAGAUGACGAAUUUAUACGCGCACCAGCUCGAUGUCCAGGGCGACAAGAAGGAAGCGGCACUUCAUUUUCUCAGUAUCGGGAAAGUUCGAUCUGCUGUUGCUUGUCUAGUGAGUGGUGAGGCUUUCAGGGAAGCUCUUGCGCUCAUUCGAUCGCGAUUGGGGCCUAAUGACGCACUACUCCACAACGCUUUGUGGAAGUACAGUGACUUCCUCAUUAAGCGUGGUCGCAAUGGAGAAGCAGCCCUAGCACUUCUGCAGAUUGGUUCAGUAAAGGCUAAAGCCCGAGCAGUUAACACACUUGUGAACACAGCUGAUAUAGAGUGUGUGAAAGCUGCACUGGACGUGCUCAUGGUCUCCGUGCAGCGCCCAGCGGAGCCAGCUGAACAGGAUCACAAGAGCGAUACUGAAGAGCUUGCUUUCCCUGCGAGUUUCUUCCUGUCAAUUGCUGGAAAUGCUGUCACGAAAUCUCGUUUUGAUGUUGCCGAAACUGCGGGACAGUUGCUUCAAUCUCCACUGGUUGGAUCCAGCUCUGCUUCUCAUCGCUUGACGGGGUGCCUUCUCAGCAUUGUGAAGGCAAUUAAUGAGCACCAGUGGAUGGCGAGUCGUGCCGACAAAUUCUGGUUCCAAGUACUGGAUACGUGUCGGAGAUGUGGCUACUGGUUCGAUGCUGACGGAGAAGUUCGUAUCCAAGAAGCGCAAGAUUUGUUGGUCGAAGCAAACUGCUUUAGUGACAUCGAACAGGCUGUUGCAGCAUCUAAAGGUAACACAAUGCCAUCGUUACUGCAAGUGGCUCAGAAGAUGCUGCGCUUUGUGAUCGACGUGAUGAGUACAAGCUUUAUUGGCGCUCUUGAGCACAUGCGGGAGGUCUUGCAGCUUCUGACAAAAGGCGAGACGUCGAAGGAGGUCAGCCUACCGAACACAUCCUUGGAAGGAACCCAACACUGUGUUGGCAAUUUACAAGUGAAUGUGAUGACGCUACUGCAACCGUGCGGCUUUGCUUCACCGAAUGAGCUGCCACAGUGUGGCGAGCUUGCAGAAGAGCAACUCGAUACACUGGUUCUGUGGACUUCGGUGCUGCUAUCACACGUAACCUCGAAUCAAUGA